AUGUCGAACUUCGAUCCUAAUGCUAUAAUUCGUGGCGCACAGCUGACCCUCGUGGGUGCGAAUCGCGCUCUGCAAAACCCGGGCCUCUUUACAACGGACCACUAUCGCCAAGCAGCAAUAGCAGUGUGCGCUGGCCUGGCAAUCCGUAUCAUCCUCAACGUGCCCAUAUAUACUGUCAAAGCCUUUAUCUGGGUCAUCUCUGUAUUCGUCAACCUGGACCAAGAGACUUGGGACGAGACAGUGGUUAAUGGGUUGGAUUUCAUCUCACGGCACGUUCUGCAGAUACCAUUCUUCUUGAUGAUGGUCAUGAGCUCAAUCACGCCAACGUUGGACAAUGUCUUCAUGGAUAGUCUUCGCUGGGUUGAUCAGACAUAUGUUCAGAAGCACAAGUCCGAUGAUCCUUCUCACCUCCGGGCCAUGUACUAUCCACCCUUGAAGAUGUACUCAGAUCACGGAGCCAACGAGAGGAAGGAGCGACGCAGCUUUUUGGAUGGUGUCAUUGUGGUCGCUACCCGCUAUGGUAAGAAAGCAGCUAUUUCCUUGGCCAUCUAUCUCUUGACCUUCGUGCCGAAAGUCGGACCUCUGGUUUUACCAGCUGCCUCUUUCUACACUUUCAACAAAGCAGUUGGUCCUAUACCUGCCGCAAUAGUUUUUGCCUCCGGUCUUGUACUGCCAAAAUCGUACAUGGUAUCUUUUCUCCAAACCUACUUUGCCUCUCGAAGCUUGAUGUCACAGCUCCUUCGACCUUACUUCGACCGAAUCCGUUUCACGAAACAACAGAAAAAGAUAUGGUUUAUUGAUAGAAGUGGUGUCCUGUUUGGAUUUAGCCUGGCCUUUGCCAUCAUGGUCAAGGUCCCCUUGUUGGGUGUUCUCAUCUAUGGCAUUGCAGAAGCAUCCACGGCUUAUCUAAUCACCAAGAUCACGGAGCCACCGCCUCCUCCUGGCGAUAAUAAAGAAUUCAUUGAGAGUGAGGUCAGAUGGAAGAAUAAACACUUGCUGUUGAAUCUGCCUUUGGACAAGCUGGAUGCGUACAAUGCUAAGCUAACGGGUGCGGAUGAGGUAUCGAAGCAUGCAGAUCGUGUUGCUACAAUGCCUGGCAAGAAGUUCUCUUGA